CAAUCACAGAGCUCGUUGGUCGCAGGUGGCAGAGGGAGAACCGAUGCGCUGUGGAGUCUGCCGCUGCUAAUGCUGAGCACUUACUUACGAUUAUAGUUGUUCACAUUCAAUUACAAUGAGCUCCAUUGGGACCGGGUAUGAUUUAUCCGCCUCCACCUUCUCACCUGAUGGAAGGGUAUUUCAGGUCGAAUAUGCCACGAAGGCUGUAGAAAAUAGCAGCACAGCAAUUGGCAUCCGCUGCAAAGAUGGAGUCGUGUUUGGUGUAGAGAAGUUGGUUCUGUCCAAGUUGUAUGAGGAGGGCUCCAAUAAACGCAUCUUCAAUAUUGAUCGGCAUGUUGGAAUGGUAAGAACAUUGAGAAUGCUGUUUAAACAAGUGCUCAAAACAUGUCCAUUUGAGGUUGGUAAUAAACUUUUCAUAUUUUCCAAACAGCAUCUUGCAGACAGAGUGGCCAUGUAUGUCCAUGCUUACACAUUAUACAGCGCUGUGAGGCCUUUUGGAUGCAGUUUCAUCCUGGGAUCUUAUGAUGAAGAUGAUGGUCCACAGCUCUACAUGGUUGACCCUUCUGGGAUUUCAUACGGUUACUGGGGCUGUGCUAUUGGAAAAGCCAAGCAAGCUGCCAAGACAGAAAUUGAGAAACUACAGAUGAAAGAAAUGACCUGCAGAGAACUGGUGAAGGAAGUGGCAAAAAUUAUCUAUAUCGUUCAUGAUGAGGUGAAAGACAAAGCCUUUGAGCUGGAGCUUAGCUGGGUUGGAGAAGGUAAUGACAGUGAAUAA